ACUCCCUCUCUUACCGUUUAAACAAAUGAUAUUUCAAAAAAGAAAUGGACCAAUCACAGCCUGCCUAGCAAAAGGCCUUGGAUGUUGCCGACACUUAGCAUACCCCACGCACUUGUAAAUUUCCUUUUCAUGCUGCUCGUUGUUUGGAUCCACUGGUCGUUGAACAUAAAAGAUUGUCCACCAAGAAUAAAUGCCACAUUGAAUGCUCUUUCUGAUAAGGGGGAAAAUAAUAAUAAUAAUAAUAAUAAUCAGAUUAUAAGUUACAGGUCUUGGAUUAACAAUCAGAUGGGAUUGUUUUCUUAUCCAUUACCACAGUCACACCUAAAAAGCACGUGAAUUCAAGAAUUUUUAGCAAGUUUAUCAAUGGAAGUAUUGUGAUUCUUUUCUUGAAUUACAGAUCCAUUUUCCUCGUUGGGUAGUGCUGCAAAAGGCAGGCAGAAGAGAAUAGCAAUGGGUUUUUCUCCUUUUGCUGUUGUAUUUUGAUCUCUCUCUGCGUUUCUCUGCUUCUCUUUUUUUCCCUUGUUGAUUUCUGAGAGACAGUAAAAUUUGAAGAUUUUUUUGCCUUGGUCUGGGAGGAGAAUAAAGAUGGGUAUUCUGAGUAGUAUCUUGGGUUUCUGUGGCUUUGGAAUGGGAACUUCAAUUGGGCUUGUGAUUGGGUAUUACAUGUUUGUCUACUUCCAGCCAACUGAUGUUAAGGAUCCUAUUAUUCGUCCUUUGGUAGAGCAAGAUACUAAAGCUUUGCAACGGAUGCUUCCAGAGAUACCCCUGUGGGUUAAAAAUCCAGACUUUGACAGAGUUGACUGGCUUAAUAAAUUUAUAGAAAUCUUGUGGCCUUUUCUGGACAAGGCAAUUUGCAAGACUGCAAGGAGUAUAGCAAAGCCAAUAAUUGCUGAGCAAAUUCCAAAAUACAAAAUUGAGUCUGUUGAUUUUGAAGCACUUACCUUGGGUUCCCUCCCACCAACUUUUCAAGGAAUGAAAGUUUACAUCACUGAUGAGAAGGAAUUGAUAAUUGAACCAGCAUUGAGGUGGGCUGGAAAUCCUAACGUCAUUGUUGCAGCUAAAGCAUUUGGGUUGAAAGCCACUGUUCAGGUGGUUGAUUUGCAAGUAUUUGCUACUCCACGGAUCACCCUGAAGCCUCUGGUUCCCACAUUUCCUUGUUUUGCAAAAAUAUGUGUCUCUCUCAUGGAGAAGCCACAUGUUGACUUUGGGUUAAAGCUGGUUGGUGCAGAUGUUAUGUCCAUUCCUGGCCUCUACAGGUUUGUCCAGGAGCUUAUCAAAGAUCAAGUGGCAAAUAUGUAUCUAUGGCCCAAAGUCCUUGAAGUACAAAUUAUGGAUCCAUCAAAAGCUUUGAAGAAACCUGUUGGAAUUCUCAGUGUAAAGGUUGUGAGGGCAAUGAAGCUCAAAAAGAAAGAUCUUAUGGGGGCAUCAGACCCUUAUGUGAAAUUGAAGUUAACCGAGGAAAAGCUUCCUGCAAAGAAAACCACUGUGAAACACAAAAACUUAAAUCCUGAAUGGAACGAGGAUUUUAAUAUGGUCAUCAAAGACCCAGAAUCUCAAGCAUUAGAAAUAGUUGUUUAUGAUUGGGAACAGGUUGGUAAACACGACAAGAUGGGUAUGAAUGUUGUUCCCUUGAAAGAGCUUACACCUGAUGAGCCUAAAGAACUGACUCUUGAGCUACUGAAAAAUAUGGACCCAAAUGAUCCUCAAAAUGAGAAGUCCCGAGGGCAGCUUGUCGUGGAAUUGAUCUAUAAACCUUUCAAGGAAGAUCAAGUACCUGAAGAUACGGAUGAUUCAAAUGCCGUACAAAAGGCUCCUGAAGGAACACCUGCAGGGGGUGGUUUGUUUGUUAUUUUGGUCCAUGAAGCUGAAGAUGUGGAAGGAAAGCACCAUACAAAUCCAUAUGUCCGGUUACUAUUCAGAGGAGAGGAGAGAAGAACCAAGCAAGUUAAGAAAAAUCGGGACCCAAGAUGGGACGAGGAAUUUUCAUUCACACUGGAGGAACCUCCCACAAAUGAUAAACUUCAUGUGGAAGUUAUCAGUGCCUCCUCGAGGAUGGGCUUGCUGCAUCCAAAAGAAAUCUUGGGUUACGUGGAUAUAAGACUAGCCGACGUUGUUAACAACAGAAGAAUCAACGAGAAGUACCACCUUAUAGACUCCAAGAAUGGAAGAAUACAGAUCGAGCUGCAAUGGAGAACAUCUUGAGGAAAUGCUCUGCGGACAUUGAAAAUUAGAAUUUGUUGCGUUGUAGGGUAAUCCACAUUAAUUGUUUCUCUGUUUUCUGCUUUGACUUUAGUUUAUGGAUUAUAUGCUCCAAAAAAUCAACUUCUUGUAUCUUGCUUUUGACUGGAGACCAAUUUUCAUGUAAAUUAAAGAUUUUCUAAGAUGCUUUUUUUC